GGAGUUGUCUUGUCUCGAAUCUCGUAAAGGUCUCUUCUCCUUCAUCGAGGAUUCUCCUAAAACAUAGGCUCUCUCUCUCUUCCUUUACUACCACAGCUAUUUUAUUUUUCCAGCCUCUUCCCGAAAGUAUUAAAUAAGAAUCUUUUAUUGACCUGGUUCUUUGUUUUUGGUUUUUUUAAGGAAGGAGGUAAUAACACUGUCUCUCUCUCUCUGUAUUCUCAUCAUUCUUUCUCUUUGAAGAUCAGAAAUUCAGAUAGGAGAUUUUAUCCUAACUGGACUCUGUAUAUUCUAGAGAGCUUGUGCUGAUUUGAUUGGUAAAAGCUCCGCGGAGGAGAAGUUUUGAAGUUGAAAAUGAGAAGGGGUGUUCGAUCAUUUCGCCAAUUUCGAUAUGCUUUUCAACGACAAGAAUUCAAUUACUCCUUUAGUUUGGUGAAAUGUCAAAAGAUUUUGAUAGAUACCGGUUAUAGAGUUACCGAUAAUGCGGAUAUUGAUAAAUUUAGUUGCCCCAAAUUUAUUGCUUCAAGAACUUUGACGACGGAUGCGGCUAGAGUUCCCAAUGGAGGUUUUGUUGGAUCUGCAGAUGUUAAUGGAGGGGGGCCGCUUGUGGAGUAUGAAAGAAGGAUUGCCGCUGGUGAGCUUGUGGAUGGUGACAACUGCCAGGUAGGCACAUUAAGAGAGCUUCAGAGGCUUUAUGAUGAGCUCGUUGAAUCAGCUGAUGCCUGUAAAUUGGACCGCUAUACUGCUUCAGACAAAUCUGGAAGGAGUAGGUGGUUGUGGUCGCGUUUAAUGCCACAGUCUUCAUAUUCACCCAUCAAAGGACUAUAUCUUUAUGGAGGCGUUGGCACUGGAAAGACUAUGCUAAUGGACUUGUUCUUUAAUCAAUUGCCCGUCAAUUGGAGGAAAAAGAGGAUCCAUUUUCACGACUUCAUGUUAAAUGUCCAUAGUCGCUUGCAAAAACACAAGGGUGUUGCAGAUCCACUUGAAGUUGUGGCUGGAGAGAUAUCUGAUGAGGCUAUUUUAUUAUGUCUGGAUGAAUUUAUGGUGACUGAUGUUGCUGACGCAUUGAUCCUUAACCGUCUUUUUAGACAACUAUUCAACAAUGGCGUUAUUCUUGUGGCUACUUCAAACCGUGCCCCAGAUAACCUGUAUGAGCGUGGAUUACAGAGGGAUCUUUUUCUACCCUUCAUUGCGACUUUGAAGGAAAGAUGUGUGGCUCAUGAAAUUGGUUCAGCAGUAGAUUAUCGGAAGAUGACUUCGGCUCAGCACGGUUUCUACUUUGUUGGAAAAGAGUCAUCUAGCCUCCUUAAACAAAAGUUUCAACAAUUGAUUGGGGAAGAAAAAGCUUGUCCACAAGAGGUGGAAGUAGUAAUGGGAAGAACAUUGCAGGUUCCACUGGGUGCCAAUGGAUGUGCGUAUUUUCCUUUUGAAGAACUUUGUGACAAACCACUUGGAGCUGCAGAUUAUUUUGGAUUAUUCAAUAACUUUCAUACCCUGGCAUUGGAAGGUGUCCCGAUCUUUGGACUCCAUAACAGAACAGCUGCAUAUCGAUUUGUCACCUUGGUUGAUGUGAUUUAUGAAAACAGAGCCAUAUUGUUAUGUACAGCUGAGGGGAGUCCUUUAGAACUUUUUGAUAGGAUAGUGACAAUUGCUGAUGCCCAGCAAAUGGCACCUAGAACCUCUACAAGAUCAAGGAAAAAUGAUGAUUCUGAUCUCUGUGUGGACAAUGAACUUGGAUUUACAAAAGACCGCACCAUUAGCAGAUUAACAGAGAUGAACAGCAAAGAAUACCUAGAGCAGCAUGCUGCCAUGUUAGCGGAGAAGCAGCUCUCAGAGGAAGCUAGCAACGCCAACGCCGUCCAAGUAUCAGUCGGAGGGGGAUCCAUGUUCAUCUAAACUUCGCAAAUCAUUGUUGGUAAAAGUAAAACCAUGUAGGCUAUAUGCUUGAGGAUCAGCUGACAACUGACGCGCUGGUGGUUUUGGGACCAAAUCUGAUAUCUGCUGUUUGAAUAAAAUGAAAUUCUCCAUCUGUAAAGUAUUUAUAGUACCUUGUUUGUAAUAAAAUCUUGUUUCUAUUGAGUUACAAGAUUCUCAUCUUGUCAGGUCUGUGUUACUGACCAGAAGCUUAACGCGAAUGUAACAAUCAAAUGUGAUAAGACCUUGUUUUAA